AUGGAUGUGUACGAGUUUAAGGAUGAAGCUAAGGCCAUUCCAAUUCUUCCUCAGUUAAUUUCGCUCGGAAUUAACCACUCGCUCUGCGUUUCGAGGACAAACACCUUUACGAACUCUUCAAGAAGCAGAAAAAGGAACGAUGAAGUGAAACAGACGACUUCGUACCUAAAUGUGUUGUCUUGGGGAAAGGUGCCCUUUAACUGCCUAGGCCAGGGAGUAGAAGUUAAUACUUCUGAGUUCCCUAGAGUCAUUCCCUUCUUCAGCGGUAGAAGAGUGACUCAAGUUUCCUGCGGAGACUAUCAUUCCGCAGUUUUAGUGUGCUCUUCAAGAGAGAAUAUGAACGCUGGAACGGUGUUCACGUUCGGUCUGGGUAACUCAGGAAGGCUAGGUUAUCAUAUUGACACCAACUCUGAAAUACUGUCUCAGCAGAUUGGAACAGAUGACAAAGACGAACCAUCAUGGUGUACUCCAGUGCCACAACCAGUAGGAAUGUCAAUAGGGCUGAGAAAUAACGUGGUAACGAUUUCCUGCGGGUCAAACCACACUUUAGUGACUACAGUUGAUGGCUGUAUGUACUCCUGGGGAGUUGGUGCGUAUGGAGUUCUCGGGAAUGGAAGCGUGGCUAAUAGGUAUAUUCCAGUCAAAGUCAUUUUCCCCUACGACGACAUUUUCAUAUCAAAGUGUGCCGCAGGUUCUAGACAUUCAAUGGCACUUGAUCGACAAGGAAACGUCUGGUCUUGGGGUUAUGGAGGAAAUGGUAGAUUGGGUUUGGGAAAUACUAGGAGCUAUUUUACGCCUAAUUUGAUUGAGAUUUUCGACACCUAUGAGGUCUUUCAAAUCUCCUGUGGAGAUUCACAUAGUGCUUGCCUUGACAGAUUUGGCACAGUUUACACCUGGGGUUCCUGUAGAGGAGGGAAACUCGGACUUGGAAACAUACUGUCAGACGUUCUCGAACCAACCGUAGUCGAAUCACUCAAAGGAAUACACAUCAUACAAGUAUCAUGUGGAACUGGAAAUACAUUGGCGUUGUCAUCAACUGGAAAGAUAUACCAGUGGGGAUCGACGUUAGGAUUUAAUAAGCAAACAGAUGGAUUGAUUUCACAUACUGUUUACCUACCCCAACCAGUGGUUGAGACCGGAUUUAAGAACAUAUUUGUCACCUCAGGCCCCUAUAGUUUUGCAGCAAUUAAUAUCUUCGGUGAUCUUUUAACUUGGGGGUUGGGAACAGGUUAUCGACUUGGUCAUGGCGAUUCCAAAGAUCACGUGAUACCUAAAUUUGUAUCAUAUUUGAGAACGAGAAUGUAUAUUGAUAAUUUGCUGAAAACGUAUGAUGAGGCUGCUUUUAAGGUUGAGGAUACUGUUGAAAACGAUAGUAUAAACCCCUACGACGAGCGUAGAAUACAGCAAAUAGCGGUUGGUGAUUCACAUGGUGCACUACUAACAUGUAAUGGAACAGUUUAUACCUGGGGUGUUAACAAUGGCACUGGUUAUAACUCAAGCAGUGAAGCCUUAGAGAAUUACUGUGAACCUAUUUUGUUUAACCAUUUUUCAUCUAAAAUAACUAAAAUCGCGUGCGGGUCAAGUCACACCCUAGCCAUAACUAUUAACGGCUUACUCUUCUCUUGGGGUUCUAAUGAAAAUGGACAACUCGGACAUGGUGAUUUGAGGAAUCGAGUUGUACCGGAUAGUGUGAAUACCAUUGAGAACUGUAUAAACGUAUUUGCUGGGAUAGAUAACAGUGGUUGCAUUUGUUCUGUGAGUCACGAGAAUAUGAUGAAGGACGAGUACGGAACACUUUGGGUUUUUGGCUCAUCAACUUGCGGUAAACUAGGCCUGGGCGAAAACAUGACCUCAACUGUAAUGACUCCAAGAGAAAUUACAACCAUCACCGGAGUACACUCUCUGGCUCUAGGCGCAAUGCACUCUUUGGCCUUAACUCAUGACGGAACGCUUUACGCUUCUGGUGCAGGAUCGGGAGGAAGACUUGGAACUGGAGAUACAACGAAUGCUUUUGUGUUUGUCCAAGUUAAAACUGACCAUAAAUUUGUGGCGAUUGCUGCCGGAUCUUCUCACUCACUCGCCAUUUCCAUGGAAAAUGACCUAUAUGGCUGGGGAGAGGGAAAAUACUUAACUUUGGACGAAGAUUUUGUCCUCGAACCUACGAUUAUUAACACAAUUCCUUCUUCAACGGGACAAGCUAAGAUUGUCGCAGUGGCAGUGGCAGCCAAUCAUUCAUUAGUUCUAUCGCAAACUGGAAAUGUAUUUUACAUAUCUAUUUAA